AUGAUGUCCAGCUUCGCUACGCCUGACUCGAAAUGCCUAUCCGACGAGUUUGGUCAGGCGAAAUUACUAACAAACCAUAUUAUGACCGUCGUCAUGGAGUCACCGCGUUCCGCUCGAGGUUUAUCGUACGCUAUGUUGGAAUCGCACUCGCUCGAAACGCGUGGCAAACUGGAACCGUCAUACCAACACUUAAACAACCCGUGCAUACUCAGCUGGAACAACCUCAGUUAUGCCGUGGCCACCCCCAAGCCGACCGGCAUCAAAACCAUCUUGGACAAUGUCAGUGGCCGAUGCGCACCCGGAGAACUCACGGCCAUCAUGGGCCCGUCCGGAUCAGGCAAAACUACACUGGUGGACCUACUGGCCGACCGUAUUAGCUCCGGAGAAGUAACAGGCGACAUCGAGCUCAACGGCGAGGCCCGCGUGGCCAAGACGUUCCGGGCAGUGACCAGCUACGUGGCCCAGGAGGACUCGCUGCUCGGCUCCUUCACCGUGCUGGAAACCAUGCGCAUGGCCGCCAAGCUCAGUCUUCCGAACAGCGUCACGUCCAAGCAGAUCGAGGCACGCGUGGACGACGUGGUGGAGGCCAUGGGUCUGGCCACGUGCCGUCACACCCUGGUAGGCGACAUCUUCCGAAAGGGUCUUUCGGGCGGCCAGAAGCGCCGCCUCAGUAUCGCCAUCGAGUUGCUGUCGAACCCGAGCCUCUUGAUCCUGGACGAGCCCACAAGUGGCCUGGAUUCGAGUGCCACGCACAACGUCAUGAAGUUCAUCGUGAAGCUGUGUGCCGAGGGCAAAACCAUUGUAUGUACGAUCCACCAGCCAUCAUCGCUGGUGUACGACAUGUUUACAAACGUGGUGGUGCUGUCGGCUGGCGAGACUGUGUACUGCGGUCCUCGUCGUCAGAUGAUCCCGCACUUUGCGUCGGCCGGUCACGACUGCCCCACGUACAUGAACCCGGCCGAGUACUUUAUCAGUCUAGUGAACACGGACUUCGAGGACCACGCGAAUGUGUCCAAACUGAUGCAGUCUUACGCUCAGAGUGAGAUCCGCAAGGAGCUGAGCGACCGCAUCGAAAGUGACCGCAACACGUUACAGCAUCUGCCGGACAUCGAGCAGCCGUCGCCGUCCGCGAUGCGUGACUUCAGCGUUCUCAUGUACCGCAACACGCUCAACAAUAUCCGCAACCCCGGAAUCUACUGGAUCCGGUUGUUCAUGUACUUCUGCUUGAGUUUCAUGGUCGGCACCAUGUACUUGAGCACGAACGACGACUUGACCGAAGAGGAUCUGGUGCCACUGCUGUUCUACGUCCAGGCGUUCCUGGUGUUUAUGUCUGUGGCCGUCCUACCGUUCUUCAUCGAGCAACGUGCAGUGUUCGCUCGUGAACGUGCCAACAGUUCGUUGAGUGUGUAUUUCCUAUUGAACCUGUUCUUGUCACUGGUAGUGGCCGAGUCGAUGAUGCACGUGAUCGGAGCUGCCGUCCCGCACUAUAUUAUCGGCAUCGCGUUGGGUGCCGGCGUGUUCGGUAUGUUCAUGCUGUGUGAGGGUUUCAUGGUUCCUCGUGACUCGAUCCCGGACUACUGGAUCUGGGGCUACUACCUGGCGUUCCACUCGUACUCGUUCGAGUCGUUCGUGUUCAAGCAGUUCGAGAACGAGACGUCGGACGCGGCUAAGGGAAUUCUGACGAAAUACGGCAUGGAGGAUGUGGAUGUCACGCGGGACAUGCUUCUAUUAAUCGUGUACAUUAUCGCGUUUCAGGCCAUUUUCGCGGUCCGCUCCGGACCUCUACCUCGACCACUAAGCUCUCAGUAA